CAAAUUAUGAAAGACCCCAGAAGGCAAGAGCCAGGCUCAGGCCCAGACGCAGACGCAGGCCAAGUACACCAAUUUGAGUCAGAGAUGACGUUAAUGGAGCAGAAGCCAACAGCCGGUCUCCGUCUCAGUUUCAGUUUCAGCCUCAAACGCAGCUCAAUGGAGCUCAAGCGAGGAGACCAGACCCCACCAGACCAGACAGAGAGCGUGCGCAUGCGCGGCCACAAGAGUAACGUUACGUGAUUUACUCCAAAACUCUGGCUGGAGACGGAGACGAGACUGAUUCGAAGACUGAUGGGUAGGGAGGGGGGAGUUGGCGCGCGUGUGGCAUGCCGGAGACACUCACCUCACUCUCCAUUUCAGUUGCGGCCCAGACGCGCAUCGGGCAGGUUGUCAACGCGUUGCGCACUCGAACAGAAAGAAAUCGAACAGAGCGAAAUACGUUAGUUUUAAUUAUGCCAUUCGUAUGUGCUAUGUGUGUUGUUUUUAAGCCAAACAAAUGGAAAGAAAACCUAAAUUGAAACAGAAAUUACUCUGCCAAAAAUAGCAAUAGCAGAGCUUUCCAUUAAAGUUACUCGUACUUUUUGGUGCUUUGGCAAUCUAGUUGGUUCACCACAAUCUAAAUGCUGGCAACCAGCUGGCCAAGUCUGACUGCUGAUCAUGUUUUGGCCAAAACAUUACCCGGGCUGUGCUAGCCUUUGGCUGCCGCUGCUCCUCAGCCUGCUCUACACACAAAACGCAUCCACUUUCAUUGUGCCACAGGAACUACCAACCAUAUUAUCCCUAGUUUUCUCCAACAUACCACCGAUUAAAAAAGGAACCGAUUCACGUCUUGGCUUUGGCUUUCGUUUGGGCGAACAUGCCGAUUUCCAAGUGCUCGUCGAGCUGGGGCCGCAGAAGGAGACGAAACCCAUUGGGGAGCCCAGCAAGGAUGAUCAAUCAUUCAACAAACGCCAGGUGAGCCCCACCGAGCAGAAGGCCCUGCUGCGACAGCAGUACCGACAGCAACUGAAGGAAGAGGCCGAGAGAUUGAUGACCUCUACGGAGCGAAAUGGGGCCACCUGGCUGGAGAGCUGGUCGAACGGCAUGAAACCGCAAAAGCCCAAGGCGAAGGGUAGUGCAAGGCGUCCGAUCGAAGAAAGCCAGGCCCCCAACCUGCCGCUGCAGCCACAAGUUCAAGAGAAUGCCAUGCAACAGCUGCAACAGCUCUACAAGAUGGCCAGUACCAGCAGUACGAGUAGCACCACUGCGGCUCCUCCGCCCUAUGCAGGUGGUCCUCUCAAUUUAGGCGGCCCCAGUGGGUUCAAGCUGCCACCGCCAGCCCUCGAGCAGGAGUCCAACGCCCUGAGUAAUAUUGGUCCUGCGAGGAGCAAGAGCGAAAUCACAAAGGAGCUAAUGGAUGUCAGCCUGGAGACAGCGGAGGCUUAGGUUGUGCAAUUUUCUAGUUACUAAUUGAUUACAUUACUUAGCAAUUUUCUUGUAAAUAAAAACAAAUCUAAACAAAAUCAUACAGAAUUUACCUGCCAUCCAAACCAAUUUAAUCAGGGUAAUGUCUCUCCAAAAUAGGUCCACAUAAACAUCGAUGGUCAAU